AUGGAGGAUCUGGGGUUCUCAGCGGCGGGCCUAGCGACGGUGCAUGCUAUACGUCCUCACCUACGUUGCUGGGUCAAAAGACGGCACGGGGUGCUAUCCUUUAGACUGAUACAGGUACUUACCGGGCACGGAUGCUUCGGUGAAUACCUGCAUCAGAUCGUGGGUAGGGAGGCCACCGCUGCCUGUCACGCAUGUGGUGAGCCAGCGCUGCGCACUGGUGGCCGUAAUAGGCGAAGAUCUGUCGUUGCCGAGCGUGGUCUCUCGCUGCCGAGCAUGCUGCUCGGCAGCGAGAGGAGCAGGUGCUGGUCGGCCGUAACCUCCUUCUGCGAGGAGGUCAUGGCGCUAAAGGAGGCUGCGGAGUGA